UCAAAAAUGGCUGCCUUGUUGUUGGCGACUGUUGUGUGCUUGUACGAAUAAAUGUUUAUUUCAAUAUUUUGUUUUGCAUUGUAAUAAAUAUAUAUGUGAUGCGUAGCAAAGUGCGACUAAGUAAUAAGUUAAGUGAUUGUUCCACCAACAGUUACAAAUAGGAGAGCAUUUAAUAAAUGGUAGCUAAAGAUACCCCACCAUUAGUAUAAGAAUAUAUUAUUAUAGUAGUUGAGAAUUAUCAAUUGAAAUAAUUCAAAAUGUCAAAGAUGUGGCCACAAUCGCAAUAUUCACACACCAACACACCUUACCAAUCAAAUGCAGCGAAGACAAAUGAACAUCAAAAUCAACAGAAUUUAAAAACAUUGGGGAUGACUUCUGCUAUAUCUAUGGCAGGCCCCAAACCAAUUGAUAUUGAAAAGACAAAUGAUUUAAAAGAAUCUCUCGUGCCAUUCGGUGUAUUUGAAUCUGAGGCAGAAAUGCAUCACCGUAUGGAAGUGUUGGGUUCAUUGCAUCGUCUCGUAAGACAAUGGAUACGUGACGAAUCCUUGAGGAAGAAUAUGCCCCCCAGUGUUGCGGAUACAGUGGGUGGGAAUAUUUACACAUUCGGAUCUUAUAGACUUGGGGUACAUCACAGAGGGGCGGAUAUUGACGCGUUGUGUGUCGCACCUCGUCAUAUUGAUAGGACUGAUUACUUUCAGUCAUUUUACGAACUACUUAAGACACAACCACAGGUUAAAGAUUUAAGAGCAGUAGAGGAUGCAUUUGUACCAGUAAUUAAGAUGAACUUUGAUGGGAUAGAAAUUGAUUUACUAUUUGCUAGACUUGCCUUGAAAGAAAUACCAGAUUCAUUUGAUCUACGAGAUGAUAUGCUGUUAAAAAAUCUGGAUCAGAAAUGCGUGAGGUCACUUAACGGUUGUCGCGUUACAGACGAAAUAUUACGUCUUGUGCCAAAUAUAAACAACUUCAGAUUGACUCUACGAGCUAUCAAACUAUGGGCUAAACGUCACGGUAUAUACUCCAACACACUGGGCUACCUAGGUGGUGUAUCCUGGGCUAUGCUGGUAGCAAGAACAUGUCAGCUGUACCCGAAUGCAUUGCCCGCAACACUGGUACACAAGUUCUUCUUAGUGUUCAGUCAAUGGAAGUGGCCGCAACCAGUCUUGUUGAAGCAACCUGAUGCUGUGAAUCUAGGGUUUCCAGUCUGGGAUCCACGGGUGAAUGUAUCGGAUCGUUUCCACUUGAUGCCAAUCAUCACACCGGCAUACCCACAGCAGAACUCAACGUUCAAUGUCUCAGCGUCAACGCGAACUGUCAUCAUGGAAGAAUUCAGACUUGGUCUAGCUAUAACAGACGAGAUAAUGCUGAGCAAAUGUGGCUGGGAACGUCUAUUUGAAGCACCAAACUUUUUCUCUCGUUACAAGCACUUCAUUGUACUGUUAGCGUCUUCAGCCAGCCCGGUUGACCAGUUGCAAUGGUGUGGCCUCAUUGAAAGUCGAAUCAGACAUCUUAUAACUACACUUGAGAGAAACCAACAUAUAACUAUUGCACAUGUUAACCCGGAGUGUUAUAACUCUGUGCCUCUCAACACUAACAAUGGACAGCCACUUGCCAUGCCUCCUGGCGCGCCGAUACCAACGGAUCCAGCGCCUGAUGUCAAAAAGAAUGAUUUGGGUGAAGUGAUAGCUAACCACUGCUCCAUGUGGUUCAUCGGACUGGUGUUUGAGAAGACCAAUGUAAAUGUGGACCUGACAUAUGAUAUAUCAUCAUUCACUAAAGCGGUGCACUACCAGGCCGAGAACACUAACAUGCUGAGAGAUGGCAUGUCUAUUGAGGCUCGUCAUGUCCGUCGUAAACAACUUCACCAAUACCUAUCGCCGUCUCUGCUGAAACGUGAGCGCACAAUAUCCGGCGCCAAGCGACGACCGCCCGAGCUCGCGCCGCCCGCCGCCGCGCCACACAAGCGCACGCGCCGCCUCUCAGAGAGCAGCACGGAGGAAGUGAGCCUAUUAUCCUACAAUGAAGAUUCAAACUCAUCAAAUAUGUACGAGGUUAACAUACAAAAUGGGACAGCGCAGACACAGACAGCUGAACAAGAGCAACGCAAGACGGACAAACAGAUGUCCGAGCCUGCAUCAACAUCAAACAGCAUUGUAUGUACGUAGCAGUACGAACAAUGGCGUAACCGGUUCAUAUUUGGAACCAGUAACGUCAAGAAGAACAAAGUGAAACGUGCUUAAUGUGACUAAGUGAAUGUGAUUUGUGAUUUUAGUAUAAGCAAGUUGGUGCAUUGGAUUACCUUUGCGGAUUUUGGUAAGUCCAUUGACUUAGGUUUUGAGUGUUGGUGAAUUUGAUACUUGUUUCUAUUAAUUAAAGAUUGAAGAAUAUGAAUUAAUUCAAUCUUAAAGCUAUUUUAUAUUAGUGAUGCACAUUAUUAUGACAUUCUUAAAAUAACAUUUUUAUUUUACUCAAGGCAAUUUGUCUACCAAAACAACUCUCCAACUCUUGAUUAAUAAUGUACAUAGAAUUAUUAUAUUUAUAACAAUUAAACAAUGGUUCGAGACAUGAGAUUUUGUGCAUCUUUAAUAUGAAAAAUAGAUUGUAUCAUUUAACUAGCAUCUCAGAUUCCAAUUUAGCAUACGGGGAAAGAAAUGGAGGUGAAAAAGGAAUAUUUUUUAACUUAGCCUAAACACCACCAGAUGUCGCGUGAAGCAACAUAUUUACGUAAGUCUAUCGUAGUUAGAAUAAUUUGCGAAAAAUUAAAAAAAAAUAUAUACAUAGAAUUUAUAAGUGUAUUUUAUAUUUAGUCUUUCGACGGUCCUGUGUUUUUUAACUUUAAUUGCAGGUUGUCAACGGAAGGAUUAAUGCGGCUUCAAGUAAGUUUCGUUCACUUAAUAUUUAGGACGAUAUUAAUAGACCUUUACAGGGAAAUUAUUGAAUAUGUAUUUUGUUAUUUAUCCUUGUUUAUUUCGUAAGUCUUUUUGAUGAUAUCAUUUUAUUUAUGACGAUACAUGAUUUUUUAAACUAAAUUGUACAAAUAUAAAUUGCCCACCCUUAAAAUGGUUGAUUAGUACAAAUAAAAAAAAAACUGUACUUCUGUGACAGUUUCCAUUUGUAUAGUUUUAAAUUUACGUAGUGGCUUAAAAAUAAGCUUAAUAAUAAAUUAAGACUUACAUCAAUAUCAUAUGGAUGUAUUCAUUCGGCUUGUUAGUUGUAUAUAGCCCUGAACAUACUCUGAUAAAAACUAAAUUCCCCACAGAUUUACAUUCAAUAUGUCAACCUGAAGGGGUCAAAUCAUAACAUAAAAAUCAAACAUUAAUAAAUUUUUGCAUUAUGCAAAAAGGAUUAGUCAAACAAAUUGUGAUUUGAAACAUCAAUAACUGUGGUUUACACAGUUAAAAUACUUGUAUAAAAACAUUGUUUUCACUCUUAAUCUCUUUAGAGACAUAGAGAUAAUUGUAAUUUUUUCCAGUUCAUCGUUAGUGGAAUCUACAUAUUGCCAUGUAUCCAAUAGAUCCUAUAUUUUUACCAUUUUCCAUAAUCUUUGUCCCCUGUAGAUAAAAGAUAUUGUGCAUUUUUAAUACCUCAUCAACCAAAGCUACCAACUGAGCAAUGUAAACACAGAUUGCAACAUGUUUUCUUGCAAAUCCAAUCAAUAUCAAAUCUUGACGUAGUAUGGUAUUUAGUUUUUGUGCCAUUAAUUUCACUCAAUACUAUGAGUCCUCAAUAACAUAAGAUCACCCUGAUAUGAUUUGUUCUUUUACAUCGUAAAUAAAUAU